AUGUCCCGCCCCGGCGAGCUGACCGGCCGGACCCAAAGGCCCCAUCCUGGCGUCGGGGUCGAGCCCCCCUCCGGUCGCUUCCAGUCUGCCCUCGCCCUUGACGCCAACAAGCCCGACUCCAAGGUAUCGGCCCUCGAUCUCGGCUCCCCCGUCUCCCCGCUCCAGCCCCGUGCCGCCUCCGCCGCGGUCACCAACACCAACACCAGCAGCAGCUCCAGCUCCUCCGGCUCCUUCACCGGGAAGACCCGGGCGAGCGCCGCCGCGGCACGAAACCUCGCCUCCGGCGGUGCUCCCGGGAGGCGGAACCACUCCGGGGAGCUCUCCGGCGAGAGUAGCCCCACUGCCUUCGACGGCAGGGGUUCGAGGCCGGGCCACCACCGGACCGGCUCUGGCCCGCUCAUCUACUCCGGCAACGGUGGGAGCAGCUCGGCGAGUUCUCCGGUGACCAAUGCGCUUCCGGCGGGGAACAUCUGCCCCUCGGGGAUAAUCGGGAAGACGGGCAUGAUCGCCCAGAAGACGCCGAGGAGCGACGUGCUGGGAUCCGGCACCGGGAAUUACGGCCAUGGGAGUAUAAUGCGCGGUGGGGCUGGCGGCGCGGUCUCGGGGAAGGUCGGUGGGGACGCUGUGAUGGGGAAUUUGGGGGAUUCGGCGGCGCGGAGGGCAAUGGCGAGCUCGGAUCUACAGGAGGUGACAAGGGUGGCCAACGAGCAGUACAAAAGGGAACAGUUCGCGGAGGCGCUGAGGCUCUAUGAUCGAGCGAUUGCGUUGUGCCAGCACAAUGCCGCGUACCGGAGUAGCCUGGCAUCGUGCCGGAGUAACCGGGCGGCGGCGCUGAUGGGGCUCGGCAGGUUGGGGGAGGCGGUGAAGGAGUGCGAGGAGGUGGUCCACCUGGAUCCGGUGAAUGACCGGGCACACCAGAGAUUGGCUUCGCUAUACAUACGCUUGGGGCAGGUUGACAAUGCCAAGCGGCAUAUCAACUUUGGGGGCCAGCAGUCUUACGCUUUAGAGUUUCAGAAGCUCCAAGUAUUGGAGAGACAUCUGGGCAAAUGUAUGGAUAGUAGGAAGCUUGGUGACUGGAAGAGCGCACUUAGGGAAGCUGAUGCAGCCAUUGCAGCAGGGGCAGACUCUUCUCCAUCGCUCAUUGCAUCGAGAGCAGAAGCCCUUCUCCAUCUCCAUCAACUUGACGAGGCUGACUCAGCUUUAUUAAGUGCACCUAAAUUCAAUACAUCAUUCUCACCUUCCUUGCAAACCAAAUUUUUUGGUAUGCUAUCAGAUUCCUACAUAUACAUUGUUCAAGCCCAAGUUGAUAUGGCAUUGGGAAGAUUUGAGAAUGCUGUUGCAAUGGCUGAGAAAGCCAGGCAGAUAGAUCCUACAAAUAAAGAUGUGACAGCAAUUCUGAAUAGUGUGAGAUCUGUGUCGAGAGCUCGAGCUCAAGGAAAUGAGUUCUUCAAAUCUGGAUACUUUGCAGAGGCAUGCAUGGCAUAUGGGGAAGGUCUAAAAUAUGAUCCUUCAAACUCAGUCCUCCACUGCAACAGAGCAGCUUGCCGGUCUAAACUUGGACAGUGGGAGAAAGCUGUUGAGGAUUGCAAUGAAGCCCUCAGGAUCCAUCCCAGUUACACCAAGGCCCUUCUCAGACGUGCUGCCUCCUAUGUGAAGCUUGAGCGCUGGGCCGAAGCUGUGCGAGAUUAUGAAGCUCUAAGAAAAGAACUUCCCGGUGACACUGAGGUGGCUGAAGCCUUAUUCCAUGCUCAGGUUGCACUGAAAACAUCUCGUGGUGAGGAAGUUUCUAAUAUGAAGUUCGGUGGGGAAGUUGAAGAGAUUACUAGUAUGGAACAAUUCCAAGCAGCGAUAUCAUUACCUGGAGCUUCUGUUGUUUAUUUCAUGGCACCUUCGAACCAGCAGUGCACCCAGAUGUCCCCAUUUGUGGAUGCACUAUGUACACAAAAUCCUUCUGCAAAUUUUCUAAAGGUUAAUCUCCACGAGAGCCCUGCCAUUGCCAAAGCGGAGAAUGUGAGAAUAGUCCCAAGCUUUAAGAUUUACAAGGAUGGGAUGAAGAUGAAGGAGAUGAUCUGCCCCAGCCAGAAGGUGUUGGAGGUAUCGGUGAGGCACUACAGUAUCUUGCAUUGAAACAGAUGGUUCAUUUGAUAUUAUCUUUGCAGCCCAACCUUCAAUUCAUAGAAAUGUCAGCUACCACUGCAAACCUAGCCACAAAAUAAUUCAUCCAGCUGAAGCAUGAACCAGAGUGAUAGAAAAGAGCCCAUUUUUUUCCCUUCACUUUUUCCCCCUUUUUAUUUACCUUUACCUCAUUUAGUUCAAUCCUCGCCCACCUUAUUUAUUCUUUCCAUUUGCGGAACUUUGUCUCAUUUCAACCGUUCAGCCCAUUCCCUGGUUAACCUAGGAUGCUCAUAAAUUUUCUUCCAGAAGAAUCCACUUUUCUCUUGUUGGUAAGCUUAAGCGUACCAUUUAUUUGGCACUGCAGUCUUAGAGAGAUUGAGAUAGCUGAGAGAGAUGGCUGCUUGAAAUUAUUACAUGUAUAUAUACUACAUAGCAAUUAUUGGGAGCCAUUGGGAAGAUUGGGUAUCUGGUGGUCGGGAAAGGAAAGGGAGAGUAGAUAUCAUUGAUGGUUUUGCUGCCGGUGCUGAUACUUCCAUUUUUAUGAAUAAAAACUCAAAAUUCUUUCUCAUGUCAUCACAAGCAUUUUUCAGUUUGUUUGAAUGAUCUUGCCAUCAUUUGUAAACCACAGGGAAAUAUUAUGUUUAUCAGACUACUUUUUAAUGAAACCCUAAGUGCACAAAGCUGUUUUGGUAUGUAUGGGAGGCACAUUAUUUCCUCCA